UAAUUUUCUGACUUCCAAGUCAAUUUUAUGCAAUGUAGGUAAUUGUGUAAGAUUUAUUUUUUAAACCUCCUGCUUUGGCCUGGAUGUUCAUACAUAAUCUAUGAGCAGAAUUACUGUUGACCUAAAUUAGCCUUGAAAUCGACUAUUUUCUGGAAGCUGUGCAGUGUCAUGUUCCUACAUUUUUGACACAUUGGCCAGUCAAUGGCCUUCGGCCCCUAGCCAUUUGAUUGACAGCUAGCAUUAGCAAGACUCGCACACAGCAGAGAGAGAGCAAUGACGUCCUGCACAUAUCUGCACACAUAUGACGUAGUACACCAUUUUCAAGGGACCCGUUUGGGCACUUGAAUGCUACUUUCAGAACAACUGGAAAAUAUCUAAGAUGUGUGUUAUUCAGUUCCUCACCUCCUCUGACUGCGUGGGGGCGUUGUCAUGACAAUGUCCCCUUGUCCAUCACAUGGAAGAGAGGGAUAACUGGGAACAAAAUCUGUCUUCUCCAGCAGGUGCCGUUUUUUCGCAUGGAGGUCCAUGGGAGUGUCGAAUUUAUUAUUAUUGUUGUUGUUUUUUUUAAAUGUAUGGCAUAUUUUCUACGUGUGGCUCUUUUGAUCGAAUAUAAGUUUCGUAAUUAUUAGGUUGUUAUGUUACUGAUAUAAGUAUGAUAUAUUGGAGUAGGUCGUCACCAGUUCGCACAGCCACAAAGUCAUUAACCCCACCAAUUUCUACAAUUUAUCUUCAUAAAAUAUGAUUUGAAACCUUAACCACAGUGUUAAACUUAUCCCUAACCUUAAAUGAAAACCACAAAGCGAAUGUUAGUGUUCAUGAACUCCUACAAUGUAGACUGUCGUCUUUGUGGCUGUGGUAACUAGUGGAAACAGUUGUGACUGUUCACAGUGAUAUCUGCCCUCUGAUUGGCUAGAAUGGUUCCACCUGAUUUUUGCCUCCUCCCAAAUGGCUUCUAUUUUCGAAGAAGUUUAUGUUGGUUGUUUGAACGGCCACGACAUUAUCUGGAUAAUGUGAUGGAUAAUGGACCCGUCAUGAUAAAUGGACCCGGAAGAAGAACCUCAACACCACCACAAACCAGUGGCCAUGUGCAGGAAGGCAGAGCUGCGUUAUGGUGCGGACGUGAAACACUGAAGGCGCCGCCAUUGGACAGGACAAAUCUUGCUGUUCCCCAAUGCUGACAUGACAUCCCCAGUAUCUCUGAACAAACUUCAAUUCGAUCUGUAAAGGUCUUAUCUACCUACACAACCAACCAGCUCUAACCAAAUCUGCACCUCUGAAACCCAAGAUGGCUACGAGAUUUAAUGCCCUGAUGGCUACGGUGGUCACCCUGUUGGGGGCCACCUUGGGAGGCCUGUUACUAUGGCGACAGCCAACCCUGAGGACACAGAAGAAGCGGCGUCUAGCUCCGGGUCAGAUAGGGGUCAGCACUGGUCCCGUAUCUGUGGAACAGCCAGGUCCUGUGAAACCAGAGCCUGUGGUUGUGGAGCCAGUCGAGUCCCAGCUAACCCCUGGUCAGAGCCUGGACCUGCUCCUGCCUGUUUCACUGCCCCCUGCUGACCACGUCUUGGCAGUGCAGUCUGUGAUGGUGAGCUCUGAGGAGGAUUGGGAGCAGCUGUGGCCGUCGCUGCAAAAGGAGCUGUCAGUCUACCCUGUCCUCGGGCUGGACUGUGAAUGGGUGUCAGUGAAUGGUAAGCCGUCAGCAGUCUCCCUCCUCCAGAUGACUUCCUACUCUGGCCUGUGUGUGUUGGUGAGGCUACAGCUGCUCCGAGGAAGCCAGCAGGACCUUCCCCUCAGCUUGAAGGAGGUCCUCCGGGACCCCCAUGUCCUGAAGGUGGGCGUGGGCUGUUAUGAGGACGGGAAACGUCUUACCCGAGACUACGGUCUGUCUCUGGGGAGUACCGUGGACCUGAGAUAUCUCGCACUACGACAAAGGUACUACUGGAGAUGGGCUUUGUGAAAUAAUCUGUCUGUAAACAAUUUGGAUGCUGACCUUCUCACUACUGGUGCUAAUAAAUCCUUGGAUGGAUGCAGUAACUGGGAGGCUGACCAGCUGACCCCAGAACAGAUAAGUUACGCAGCCCGAGAUGCCCAGGUAUCCAUCGCCCUGUUCAUCCAUCUGCUGGGCCUCUACUCAGACACCACGCCCACACCUGACAGUGGGAGUAGCUAUACCCAGCUGGCCAAUCGCUGCCAGGGCCUGGUAGACACACCCUUCAGGGAGAGGGGUGUAGGAGAGGGGGAGGACGGUGAGAGGAAACAGAAGAGUAAGAAGCGGCAGCAGCCUACUUUGGAAAGCCCCGAGACUGGGGACCAGCAAGUACCAGACCCCAGAAGGAACAACAAGAGAAAACCGCUCGGCGUGGGCUACGCUGCUAGGAAGUCUCCUCUCUAUGACAACUGUUUCCUCCAUGCCCCGGAUGGACAACCCCUCUGUACCUGCGACAAGAAGAAGGCCCAGUGGUACCUGGAUAAAGGAAUAGGAGUGAUGCAGAGUGAAGAGCCCUUCAUCGUGCGUCUGCUGUUUGAGCCUUCGGGACGUCCAGACUCCCAGCAGGACUACUACCUGACUGCCAAGGAGAACCUGUGUGUGGUGUGUGGCAAGAACGACUCUUAUAUCAGGAAGAACAUCGUUCCUCAAGAAUACAGACGUCACUUCCCCUCGGAGAUGAAGGACCACAACUCCCAUGACAUCUUGCUGCUGUGCACUUCCUGUCACGCGGCCUCCAACGUGCACGACGGCUUCCUGAAGCAGCAGCUGGCUGAGGAGUAUGGCGCGCCCCAGGGGUGUGAGGAGGGCGUACGUCUCCUGGAGGACUCUGACCGCAGGAGGGUUCGUUCUGCAGCCCGAGCCCUGCUCACCGUGGGGGCUGGGCUUCCAGAGGCCAGGAGAGAUGAGCUACAGGAGGUCAUAAGGUGCUUCUUCAAUGACACCGACGUGGAGCUGACUCCUGAGACACUUCAGAGGGCUGCAGGCCUGGAGACCAGGAUCUUCAAUGAGAGCUACGUUCCCCACGGGCUGAAGGUGGUGAAGGCGACCGCCGAGCAGGGCCUGAAGGGGUUAAUGGAGCUGGAGGGCCGCUGGAGGCAACACUUCCUGUCUUCCAUGACACCUCGCUACCUUCCUUCUCUCUGGUCUGUCAGCCACAACCACAACAAGUUACUACGCAAGUACGGAGAGGACCUUCACGUCCAGCUUAACUGACCUACAGUCACCACACCACAGUCUGGUUCCCGUCCAGCUUAACUGACCUACAGUCUGGUUCCCAUCCAGCUUAACUGACCUACAGUCACCACACCACAGUCUGGUUCCCGUCCAGCUUAACUGACCUACAGUCUGGUUCCCGUCCAGCUUAACUGACCUACAGUCACCACACCACAGUCUGGUUCCCAUCCAGCUUAACUGACCUACAGUCACCACACCACAGUCUGGUUCCCGUCCAGCUUAACUGACCUACAGUCACCACACCACAGUCUGGUUCCCAUCCAGCUUAACUGACCUACAGUCUGGUUCCCAUCCAGCUUAACUGACCUACAGUCACCACACCACAGUCUGGUUCCCAUCCAGCUUAACUGACCUACAGUCACCACACCACAGUCUGGUUCCCAUCCAGCUUAACUGACCUACAGUCUGGUUCCCAGGCUACAUCUGUGUCGGUUUGUCUGGUACCAGACUGAUCUCAUCAGCUGUUGCAGCAGCCUCUACCUGGGGAUUACACAGUAUCCCAGAGAACAGACUAAUGCCAACAGGUGACGGGUUGGAUUCUGUGUGUUCAGUGCCUGCGAUCCUCCUCAGUCUACUGUUGGCUGGACGAGGACAUCUGUUGCUCUGAUCUGAUUGUGGUGCCUUACAUGUUAAAUGCCAGACAGAGACUCGUGGGCCCAGCAGGUUGCCUUACUGACACAUUGGCACCCUGUUCUUUUAUAUAGUGGAGUACAUUUUGAGAUCUAGAGCCUGAGGAGAGAGACUGCCUUGUUGUUCUGACCGAGGUCAAAUAAUUAAUUGUCAAGAACACUAACUGGAGACGAUGAUGCAGAAUUCAUGAUGAAAUCCUUUUGAAUAAAAACCUCAAAACACUGGUUUAGGAUCGUAACGAUACCAGUAUCCCAAGACUCUGAGUUAUAGUGACCAGGAAAACAAAACAGACUGAAUUUCCUGAGGGGAACCGGUCCUAAUGCUGUCAACCAGAAUCACGUGUUUAUUUUCCUACAACAGACAAUAUUUUACAUCCAGUAGAUUUUAAUGACGGAAGAGUUGCUUUGUGUUUUUCCUUGUUGCCAUGGAAAUACCAGGUAUCGUACUCUCACCAACGUGGUAUUGUGACGAUCCCUGCUAUGGUUUGGUUUCCCAGAAUUAAAACUAGUCCUCGCCAGGAAAUAGCAUAGGAGACUAGACUUCAUCUCGGCCCAGGAAACGGGCCCCAUACAGUGGAUUUGGGAAAGUAUUCAGACCCCUUGGCUUUUUCCAUAUUUUGUUACAGCCUUAUUCUUCAAUGGAUUAAAUGUUUGUUUUUCCCCCCUCAUCAACAUAUCCAUAUGAUGUUGAUGUCCAUUUAGGAAGCACCCCACAUCUCUAAUUGUACAACUGACUAGGUGUCCCCUCUUUCCUUUCUCAUAAUGACUAAGCAAAAAAAUAGUUUUUAGACUUUUUUUUUUGUGUGAAUUUAUUGAUUUUAUUUUACAUUUUUAAAUAUCACAUUUACAUAAGUAUUCAGACCCUCUACUUUGUUGAAGUACCUUUUGGUAGUGAUUACAGCCUCAAGUCUUCUUGGGUAUGAUGCUAUGAGCUUGACACACCUGUAUUUGGAGAGUUUCUCCCAUUCUCUGCAGAUCCCCUCAAGCUCUCCUGUGUUGUCUUUGCUUAGGGUCGUUGUCCUGUUGGAAGGGGAACCUUCACCCCAGUCUGAGGUCCUGAGUGCUAUGGAGCAGGUUUUCAUCUCUCUGUACUUUUGAUCUUUCCCUCGAUCCUGACUAGUCUCCCAGUCCUUGCUGCUGGAGAAACCUCCCCACAGCUUGAUGCUGCCACCACUGUGUCUCGACACAAUUCUGUCUCUGAGCUCUACGGACAAUUCCUUCGACCUCAUGGCUUGGUUUUUGUUCUGAUAUGUCCUGUCAACUGUGGGUCCUUAUAUAGACAGUGUCUUUCCAAAUCAUGUCCGAUCAAGUUGAAGAAACAUCUCAAGGAUGAUCAAUGGGAAACAGGAUGCACCUGAGCUCAAUUUAGAGUCUCAUAGCAAAGGGUCUGAAUACUUAUGUAAAUAAGGUAUCUGUUUUAGUUUUAUGCAUUUAACAUUUCUAAAAAACCACUUUGUCAUUAUGGGAUAUUGUGUGUAGACUGAUUUAUUAAUUGAAUCAAUUUUAGAUGAAAGUUGUAAUGUAACAAGUCAUGGGGUCUGAAUAUUGACCCGUUUCAGAAAAUCAUGUAUUUUAGACUAAGCAGGAACCUGCUCUUAGUUAUCAUUAAAUAUGAGUUAUAAUUUCCCCUGCGGGUUUUCAAUUCUAAAGAUAAUUACUUGUUUUUUGUACAGAAAUCAAGUUUGUUUGGUGACGGUAGAUGAAACAUUUAAACACAACAGACUUCAUCUAUAUCGUUUUUUUCUUUUAACGGAUCGGACAAAGUUAUAAAUUCAAUAACUGAUCAGCCGUUAUGAAUUGAUGCCAAAUGACGACCAGACGUUGAAUGUGUCUAAAAUGGUACCUGUACGGUGCCGUCAGAGUAUUCACAACCCUGUUUACACACUCUGUUUCAGCCUGUUUGUUGUUUUUUAAAUAUGUUACUUAUUUUUUUAUUAUUUUGUCACUGACCUGACAGUGGAAUUAUUUUUGAAAGUUUUUUACAAAUUAAUUGAAUUAAAAUUGAAAAGCUGAAA